CUCCUGGGAGAAAAAUCAAACACCGAACUGAAAGCUUAGAAAAGCUGCAGUAGCUACUGAGGCAAUAAAAAUGGAGGCUGGCAUGGACCUGCUCCACAGCUCUGGCGUGGAGAUGGUGCAGUAUCUCCAGGUGAACUACAGGGACUCCCAGAGCUGGUUCACUUUCAUCUCUGUCGCUGCCGACCUGAGAAACACUUUCUACGUUUUCUUCCCCAUCUGGUUCCACCUGUAUGAGGCAGUGGGCAUCAAACUCAUCUGGGUGGCCGUCAUCGGAGACUGGCUCAACCUCAUCUUUAAAUGGUUUUUAUUUGGACAUAGGCCCUACUGGUGGGUGCAUGAGACUACGCUUUACACUAACUCCUCUGUUCCAACACUGCAACAAUUUCCUUUAACCUGUGAAACCGGUCCAGGAAGUCCAUCUGGUCAUGCAAUGGGUUCAUCUGGUGUCUGGUAUGUGAUGAUCACUGCAUUCCUGACCUUUGGAUUACAGAAGAAGUUCACAGGCUUCCAAAAAUGGUGUCUCCAUGUUCUGCUGUGGGGUGUAUUUUGCAUGAUCCAGAUCUGUGUUUGCACAUCCAGGGUCUUUCUAGCUGCUCACUUCCCACACCAGGUUUUCACAGGAGUUAUUUCAGGAGUGGCUGUAGCUGAGGCGUUUGGCCGGAUUAAUGCAAUCUACAAUGCAAGCCUUAAGAAGUAUCUGCAGAUCACUCUCUUCCUGUUCUCCUUUGCUCUGGGUUUCUACCUGCUGUUGAAAGUGCUGGGAGUCGACCUGCUGUGGUCAGUGGAGAAAGCCCAGAGAUGGUGUGCCCGAGCCGAGUGGGUCCACAUUGACACCACUCCCUUCGCUGGGCUGGUCAGGAACAUGGGAGCCUUGUUUGGACUGGGAUUGGCUCUGAACUCAUCCAUUUACACCGAGAGCUGCAGGGGGAAGAGAGGCCAGCAGUUCUCCUUCAGAUUCAUCUGCAUUGUGGCCUCGUUGAUCACCCUGCACCUGUUUGACUCGGUGAAGCCUCCAACGCAGAGGGAAUUCCUGUUUUAUUUCCUGUCCUUCUGCAAAAGUGCCACGGUGCCUCUGGCAGCUGCAGCUUUUGUCCCGUUUUGUGUGUCACAGGUUGUACACAGACAGGAGGAGAAGGAACUAUAAGUGUUUUGCAAAGUUUGUAAAAAUGUUAUGAUUUCAUUGCACUGUUAGGUGUUUAUAACAUUGGAACUAUGCUCAAUGCUCCUCAGCAUCUGGAUAGAGAAAAGCAGAAGCAAGAAAGGGGAAGGGAGAGAAUAGGUGAAGAUGUGUUACUUUGAGAAAGUAGAAAGACAGACAGAUUGAGUAUGCAAAUAGUAGAGGGAAAUAGUGUGAAAUGGAGAAACCAGAAGGGCAGACAAAUAGGGAAAGAGUGAGAGACAUUAUUAAUUAGGACAGACAGAAAAGAGGCAGGCAGAAAGAGAGCAAGAAACUGUUAAAACAGCAAAAAUGUAGAUAAACUGGGAUAUAAAGAUAAAGAUUGUCAGGAAAGUAGGCAGCAUGAAACAGAGAGAGAACAGAGAGGUUUUCAUAUCAGUGUUUCAUACCAACUCACUUUCCAGAUGCUGAUGAACAUUCAAGUUUUAUCUUCUCAGUUUUUUUCUACUUCUACUUCAGAUUUUUUAGCAUUUGUUUUUUUUACUGGUUUCAAGAUAUUAUCCUGCAUUGUGUUGUUUUCUUGAUUUUAGGAUGCAAAAAUAUAAAAGUAAGCAGAGAAUCUUCUUUAACUUCGGAAAGUUUAAUUUUUUUGUGGUUAAAGUUUCUUCACAUGGUAGUUCACUGACCUAAUUUACUACAGUAGAUAAUUUUAUCUGUUCUGCAUUAUAUCAUAAGCCAGGUAUGUUCUUCCCUCUUAAACUAGUAUCUUGUAAAGCUGAGCUAUGGUGUUCUUACUGAUAGUCUAAUGAUAUAGCUGCAUGGGAUCAGCAGGUCUCUCUGUUUGCCCUGUAUCUUGCAAAUAACAUUAGUUCCUGACUUGUACACAGAGUAAUAAGAAAAGGUACAACAGUGUGCUGGUCUAGAGUUAAGUUAAAGACUAUAAAAUGGUACUGUGAACCAAAUUAAAAUCAGAGUACAUUGUGCAUACGGCUGUCAACCAAUGAAUUAGAUACAAGCUUUCUUUAGGUUGUCAGCAAAAUGUGGAUGAAUACAGGCUUUCUAUCUGUUAUAAAGAUUCCUUAUGCUGUAUGUUAAUACUUUGGAUGUUCUCUUUGCAUUCUCUUGUAUUUUAAUUCCAUUCAUCCAACGCAAAGGCACUGAACCUAGACUACGAUGACCACAUAAGCUGCUAACUGCAGCUCUUUCAACGUUACUCUAUGAUCGGUUGUCUGGGUGCCAUUCUACCACUAUGAUGGUGCUGAUCCAUGCAAUCUUCUAUUGUACAGAGUUCCAUGGCAAGUUUGAGCCAGAACUUCACCCGCAACAAGCAAGUCCUAUGUCAAUCUUUGCCUUCUAUUUGUUAUACUUGUAUAAAAGGCUCAGGGCACUUUCUUUGCAAAAGAAGUUUCAAAUUAUAUGUGAAUUAAUUUAAUUCUAAUAAAGUCACAGAAUGAUAUUUGUAUUCA